AUGUCGUCCAUCUACAACCUAGAGCCGCAACCGACCGCGUCGGUCGUCAUCCACACAACACAAGGCGAGAUCGCAGUCGAGCUAUUCGCGAAACAGACGCCCCUAACUUGCCGGAAUUUCUUGCAACUCAGCUUGGAUGGCUACUACGAUAACACCAUCUUCCACCGCUUAGUUCCUGGCUUCAUUCUCCAAGGCGGCGACCCUACCGGGACGGGACACGGAGGCGAGUCAAUCUACGAUGGCGGCGCGUUCGGCGGUGACUUAGAUCCCUGGCCUCUCGACCAACGCAAGGGGCAGAACGCUGGUCCAGGGGGCGUGGGUUUCAAGGAUGAAUUUCACUCGCGAUUGAAGUUCAAUCGCCGCGGUCUCUUAGGCAUGGCCAACGAAGGCACCCCCGGCACGAACGGGAGCCAGUUUUUCUUCACGUUGGGGAAAUCUGAGGAACUAACGAAUAAGAACACGAUGUUCGGCCGAGUGGGAGGUGAUACCAUUUACAACCUGGCCAAGAUGGGGGAGGCGGAGGUUGCGGAAGGCACCGAGCGGCCGUUGUAUAUGUUGAAAAUUACACAUAUCGAGAUUCUCAUCAACCCUUUCGAUGAUAUGAAGAAGCGGGAGAGAAGGGUACGGCAGGAGGCGCCGCAGAAGACCACAGUGGAGAAGAAGCAGAAGAAGCGUAAAGGGGGUAAACAGCUGCUGAGUUUCGGAGACGAAGAAGGGGAUGCAGAAGAAAUGCCGGUGCUGAAGAAGACCAAAUUUGAUACCCGUAUCAUCAUGGACGUGGAUGAGGAGCCAGCUGUUCAAAGGAACAUCCCGGUCCGAACGCCGGCGAAGAAAGAGAAGAUAAACGAAAAAGAGACAACAUCCAUAACCGAGAGACCACCGGCGCCACCACGGCAAGCUUCUCCGUCACCAGAGCCAGCCGCAGCAAAGAAGCCUACGCCACCUAAAACUCAUGUCAGCGACAUGCUCACUGCUGAGCCGAAGCCUCCCCCAAGAAAGUCACUCCUUGAACAGACCAACGAUGAGAUCGCCGCAGUCAAAGCAUCAAUGAAGCGGACAAUCCAUGUGAAGCCGGUCAAAGAAAAGCCAAAGUCGGCGCUUGAGAUGAUGGUACCGGAUACUUCAAUACGCGGGCGGAAACGGCGGCCAGGUGGAAAUAAUAACAACACAAGAGAGGAACAAGAGGCGUUGGAUUUCUUGAAAGCUUUCCGCUCAAAAUUGGAGCAUGCGCCCGUCGAAAAGCAGACGGUGCAACCAACAGUGAACCAGGCCGAAGAGGAUGGCGAUCCGGAGGAGGAAGGGGAUGUCUGCGAUCUGCAUUUUAUUGCCAACUGCCAAAGCUGCAAGGCGUGGGAUAAAGAGGUUGAGGAGGAGAGCAACGACGAAGGGUGGAUGUCUCAUACCCUGAGCUUUGCUGCGGAUAAACUUGGCAAAGACCUUAGUUACCGCAAGAAAGCUGAGGAAGAGCUGGUUGUUAUUGACCCUCUAGAGAAAGCGCGGACCUUGAAAGAAGACAAGCGAGCCGGGAAAAACGCUCGUGUUGGUGGGUCCUCGCGAGCGUGGGAUAGGGAAAGGGAUCGCGACCGUGGCCGUGAUAGAGAUCGGAAAGGACGUUGA